AUGGACGGAAUGAACAUGAUAGCCACCGCAACGGCCACGGCCAUGGCCACCACCGCCAGCAUGGGCACCGGAAUGAGCAUGGGAAACCACACCAUGGGUGGCAUGGGUGACAUGGGUGACAUGGAUGCUAUGUUCCAGUGCAAGAUGGACGUUCGCUUCCUUGCCAAAUCCUGGCACAUCACUUCGCGUGGCAUGUUCGCUGGCUCUUGCAUCGGAGUGAUCUGCCUCGUUAUCUGCCUUGAUUUCCUUCGUCGUGUCGGUAGGGAAUACGACGCUUACAUCGUCCGCCAAGCUCGUCUGCGACAGUCUGCUCGUGUCACCGAUAUCGCAACUACCUGUGACGACAAUGCCUGCCCAGGCACCGAGGGCGAGUUCAGCACCCCCAAGACAUUGAACCAUGCUACCGCCGUCGCCAGUGGUGCUUUCGUUGCUCCGGGUCCUGUUUCCUAUCGCCCUUCCCUCGCUGAGCACACUAUCCGUUCUUUGAUUCAUAUGGUUCAGUUCGCUGUGGCUUACAUCGUCAUGUUACUGGCAAUGUACUACAACGGAUACAUCAUCAUCUGUAUCUUCAUCGGUGCAUUCCUGGGUGCUUUCAUCUUUGCUUGGGAGCCUGUCAGUCUGGCUAAGGAGUGA